UAUUGACAUAUGGUUAUUCAAUAGCCCCAACUGGCUCCAACAUCGUUUGCAUAUCCAAUAGUCUCACAUGCAAGUUUUUAGUUUGGUUUAUUUGUUAAGUUUUUACUGGCAUAGUGUACUAAAGUUAAAAAUUUAAAAUGUUAUCGGUGCGUACGCUACUGCCAUGCAGUCGUACAUUGUUUUCGAUUGGUCAGCGUGGUUUAAAAAGCGUGACAACCUCAAAAACUAAUGAGGCUGGAAAUCUUCUAUUUCCAUUCAACUGUACGAAAACCCCACAAUAUAGUCUUGUCGCACGACAACAACGUAUGAAUGCAACCACCAGUUCACAAAGUAACGGCGCUGAAGAUAUACGUAUAUACUAUGGUGGACUAGCACCAAGGAUGAAAGCAGUAAAAGUUUUUUCACUCACCACCAGUUUGGCUGGCUUGGCUGCACAGCCAAUACUAUUAGAGCAGGGCUUGCACAUUGGUGGUAAACCGAUGGCUGUGUUUCUUUGCGGAUUUGCUGGUUUCUUCACAUUUGUUACACCAUUGCUAUUGCAUUUUAUUACGAAAAAAUAUGUAACUGAAAUUCAUUACAAUCCAAAGAGCGAUGAGUACACAGCGACAACAAUUUCAAUCUUACUUUACAAAAUUAAAACGAAAUUCAGGCCCAGUGAUGUUGCGGUGCCUGAAGUGCCUGGCAUGUUUACAUCUUUUCACGUGAAAGGUAAACCAUUAUUUGUUGAUCCUGCACUUUUUGAUGACCCAGAGCAUUAUGCGCGAAUAAUGGGCUAUGACAAACCAGUUGAUUUUAAAUUAGACUUAACGGAGAGGCCGACUAAAUCUGAUGAAACCCUAAAGAAAACUCAAUAAAUAAUUAGUUAAAACCAUGAAA